GGGGCGUGGCCAAUGGGGCACGGCCGCCAUCUUGAGGCUUGGCAGAGCCACCGGCCCCUUUCCAAGAUGGCCGCCCGCUCCUCACCGGCCGCUUCCGUCCCCGCUGAGGCCCCCGGCUGCCGGCGCGGCUCCCACCCGCUGUCCCCGGCCUCCCCUCGGCGGCCCCUGGGCUCUCGGUAGCUGCCGCCGCCCCUCGGAAGCCUCCAGGCGGGUCAUGGCGCUGCUGCGGUUGCUGCUGUUCCGGGGACGCUGCAGGCGGUGGCCUCCCCCGCCGCCCGCCCCGGCCUGGGCCCGGGCUCUCCCGCUGCCCGCUUGCGGUCCCCUCGCCGCGGAGCGCGGCCUGCAGAGCCUUCAGUCACAAAGGCUUUUCCCCCUACGCCAAGCCCUCAGUGCAGUCCUGGUGAAGCAGCACAUCACUGGAGAUCCAGUCAGGCUUUGGAAUCUCUUAGGUAGCACUUACUGGUUUACUACUUCAAGCUCUCAGAGGAGUAACCAGAAGAAUGGAGGAUUCAAAAAGAAAUCUCCCCAGGAGGAUGAAGAGGAGGAGAAGCGCAGGAAAAAGGAAAACCAGAUGCAUCUGGAACGCUUACGGGCACUCCUCAUCAUCACUUUCAUUGUGCUGAUGUUCAGAUUCAUGGUCAGUGACAACAGAGAAGGGACCAGCAUCUCCUGGAACUACUUUGUGAACGAGAUGCUGGCAAAGGGGGAGGUCCAAAGGAUUGAAGUGAUGCCAGAGAGUGAUAUUGUGGAAGUUUAUCUGCACCCGGGAGGAACUCCACAUGGACAAGUUAAUGUGACCCUCUUGUACACGAUGCGGGUGGCAAACAUAGACAAAUUUGAAGAGAAGCUGAGAGCUGUGGAGGACGAGCUGAAUAUUGAUGAGAGAGAGAGAAUCCCUGUUUCCUACAAACAUCCUGGCUUUUACGGAAAUGACAUCAUUUCCCUGAUCGUGACCCUGGUGGCUGUGUCCAUGCUGUGGAGCAUCUUCCGCCUCAUCAGGGUGGCGGGACGGGCCGGGGGCUUCAACGCCUUUAACCAGCUGAAGAUGGCUCGUUUCACCAUUGUGGAUGGGAAAUCUGGAAAAGGGAUUGGCUUCAAGGAUGUGGCAGGAAUGCAUGAGGCAAAAAUGGAAGUCAAAGAAUUUGUGGACUAUUUAAAGAAUCCUGAGCGCUACCUCCAGCUUGGGGCUAAGGUGCCCAAGGGUGCCCUGUUACUUGGACCACCAGGCUGUGGGAAGACAUUGCUGGCCAAGGCUGUGGCUACAGAAGCACAAGUGCCCUUUUUGGCCAUGGCAGGCUCUGAGUUUGUGGAGGUGAUAGGAGGUCUUGGAGCUGCCAGGGUUCGGAGCCUGUUCAGAGAGGCUCAGGCUCGUGCACCCUGCAUCGUCUACAUCGACGAAAUCGACGCCGUGGGCAAGAAGCGCUCGACCAACAUCUCUGGGUUUGCCAAUGCUGAGGAGGAGCAGACCUUAAACCAGCUGCUGGUGGAAAUGGAUGGAAUGGGAACAGCAGAUCAUGUCAUAGUGUUGGCUUCCACCAACAGAGCCGAUGUCCUGGAUAGCGCCUUGAUGAGGCCUGGCAGGCUGGACAGGCACAUCUUCAUUGAUCUGCCAACACUCCAGGAGAGGAAAGAAAUCUUCGAGCAGCACCUGAAGGGGCUCAAGCUGAUCCAAGAUGCCAGCUUCUACUCACAGCACCUUGCUGAGCUGACUCCAGGCUUCAGUGGAGCUGACAUAGCAAACAUCUGUAAUGAAUCUGCCCUCCAUGCUGCCAGAGAAGGUCACAAAUCCAUUGAUACUUCCAACUUUGAGUAUGCUGUGGAAAGAGUCCUUGCAGGCACUGCCAAGAGAAGCCAGAUCUUGUCACCAGAAGAGAGGAAGGUUGUGGCAUUCCACGAGUCGGGUCACGCGUUGGUGGGUUGGCUGCUGGAGCACACAGAGGCUGUGAUGAAGGUUUCCAUAGCCCCUCGAACAAACGCAGCUCUGGGGUUUGCUCAGAUCCUGCCAAGAGACCAGUACCUCUUCACCAAGGAGCAGCUGCUGGAGAGGAUGUGUAUGGCCCUUGGGGGCAGAGUGUCUGAGGCCAUCACCUUCAACAAAGUCACUACAGGAGCACAGGAUGACCUGAAGAAGGUUACCCAGAUAGCCUACUCCAUGGUGAAGCAGUAUGGGAUGGUGCCCAGCUUCGGGCAGCUCUCCUUCCCAGACCUGGAGAGUGCAGGUGGGAUUGGUCGGCGCCCUUUCAGCCAGGGACUUCAGCAGAUGAUGGACCAUGAAGCAAAGGUCCUGGUGGCUCAGGCUUACAGACGCACAGAAAAGCUCUUACUGGAGAACCGGGACAAGCUGCAGACACUGUCCAAUGCCCUCCUGGAGAAAGAAGUGAUCAAUUAUGAUGACAUUGAAGCUUUGAUUGGGCCUCCACCCUAUGGGCCAAAGAAAAUGAUAGCUCCUCAGAGCUGGCUUCAAGCAGAGAGAGACAAGCAGGACACAAGAGAUGAAGAAAUGCCCCAGCAGCCACCAAAUGAGGAAGAGGAAGAACCACGCCUGAGACCAGUAUGAAGCCCACUCCUGAACUGGAAUGGGUGGACUUGAGGGGCUUCUUUUCAAAACAGACUUUUGCCCUUUUCAGCUCCAGAAUCAAAGACACUGAGCAGGGAAUCUCUCUGCUGCUGGCACCCGAAAGUGAAGGGAUGGCUGCUGUGGCUCUGUUGAAGAGCUUUUCCCUGCUGGAAGGAGCUCUCAUUAGGAACUGGAAAUGGAAUCCCAGCAGGGCUCUAGUGAUGAGGAGUUGGGUAAGUCUGCUCUGCUGGAAAGGUUUCUUGUGCACAGGAGCAAUUUACAAGUUACUGAGGGUGAAGGAUGGUGUGAAGCCCUCAUAAAACACCUGUGUGAGGCAGCAGGAGGGCAGGGACUGUCCCCAUCAGGGCAGGGAAACCCCUGGGAGACUCCAAGCUGGCUCCAGUGCUGCAGUUCUGGUGAGACUCUGCUCUCACCUUUGGUUGUCCCUGCUGCUGAACACCAAACAGAAACUGCAAAGCAGGCUUAACUAAAAUAAACUGUCCAUCCUGGGCUGCUGUGUGUGGA